ACCUUUACCUUUUGUCUUGAAGUCUUGCAUGGAUCCUCAAAGCAUCCUAACAUUUCAAAGGCCCAACAUCCUUUGAAGCAUGAGUUCCUACCAGCAGAAGCAGCCCUUUGUCCCACCCCCUCAGCCUCAAGAGGAGCAGGUGAAACAACCCUGCCAGCCUCCCCCUGAAGUGCCAUUUGUUCCCAUCACCAAGGAGCCACGCCAUCCAGCUGUUGCACAACCUGGAACCACCAAGAUCGCAGAGCCCUGCCUCACCACAGUUAUUGAGCCAGGCUGCGGCACAGUCACUGCACCAGGAUACACCGCGGUCCCUGAGUUGGGAUGUACCACUGCUCCUCAGCCAGGAUGCACCACUGUCCCUGCACCAGGAUACACCGUGGUCCCUGAGUCGGGAUGUACCACUGCUCCUCAGCCAGGAUGCACCACUGUCCCUGCACCAGGAUACACCGUGGUCCCUGAGUUGGGAUGUACCACUGCUCCUCAGCCAGGAUGCACCACUGCCCCUGCACCAGGCCAUACUGUAGUCUCUGAGCCAGGAUGCAAUACUGUCCCUGCACCAGGAUAUGCUGUAGUCCCUGAGCUGGGAUGCACCAGUGUCCCUCAGCCAGGAUCCACUAUGGUCAUUGCACCAGGAAGUAUCAUAGUCCCUGAACAGAGCUAUACCAAGGUCCCUGAGCCAGUCCCUUCAGUGGUUAUUCCAAGCCCAGCUCAGCAGAAGAACAAGCUGAAAUAAUGGUGUCUACAGCCAGGGCCUUGAGAAGCUAGUGAUCAAUUGCUGAAUAUGUUCUUCCCUUCUGCUUCUGUUUUAGUAGUCAGUACACCUUGCAAACAAUAUAAUGUCACCCUGGGUCAAGUUGUCUCCCUUGUUUGUCUUCUAAAAAUACGUGCUAAGAUGCCUCCCUUUACACACACCGUGAGCAGCCUUCCGAGCCUGAGUUAAGCAGAAGGUUUUAGUGCCAUGCUCAUCUUCAGCUGCUCAGAAUUCAUUCUGAGUGGAAUCUUUGAUUAGAAGAAAUGCUUGUUUCCUAUACUUCCCCAUUAAAUUUCUAAUUCUAACUUCA